AUUUCGAUGAUGCGGUACAAGUAGGUACUUCAAGUUAAGAAUGGUCCAGACAAAUAAAUAUUGCUUUAUUAAAGGAUGCAAUCGUCAGAAUUUUAUAAUACCAAAUUCAAGAACAAUAAGGUGAAACAAAGCAGUUGCUCCUAGAUACUGGACAAAAUAUUCUUAUCGGAUACGCAAAUAAUAUGUUUGGGGUUUCUUACAAGAUGAAGUUAUUAAGUUUAAAUCAGUCUAAGCCGUUACUGCUGAAAGGAAGGCCUUUCAAACUACCCAACAUCUCGAAAAUACGAUUCAACAUAUCCAAGGUUAUCGAUUCGCAGCAUCUGAUGGAGCCUCGAUCUAAAAGGGGUGUUAUCAACCUAUACAACAUGAUCAGCUGUGCAACAGGCUGCCGACCUUUGAUCUACAAGGGGUAUGGAUGUUACUGUGGUUUUCUGGGUUCUGGGUACCCAGUUGAUGGAAUUGAUAGAUGCUGCCAAUUGCACGAUUCCUGUUACGGGUGGGCUCAGUGCACCAUUCCAUUCAUGGACUACGUGUUACCGUAUUUUUGGCAAUGCAUUUACGAUCAACCAUAUUGUGCUAUAGACCACGAUAUUUUCGGUGGCCCAGAUUCAUGUGCCAGCAAACUGUGUGAAUGCGAUAGACAACUGUCACUCUGCUUGCAACAAUACCCUUGCCCCCAAGUACGGCCAUUCUGCACUUCAUCGCCAUUUAGGUUCUUUCAAAAUGCAAUUAUGAUGUUUGUAUGACACUUAGCUGAGAGCGUUAUUUGUAGUUCUAUGUUAUGUACUGAAUAAGGAAUAUAUAUAUAUAUAGGAAAGGUUAUAAUCCUAGUUAUGUGCAGGAAUAAUAGAAUAAAUUCUUGUGUUAAA